AUGAGUUGGAAAUUUAGUCAAGAUAAUCCAAAAAAAUUACAAAAUUUUAUUAAUGGACAAUAUGUUAGUCCAUUUCAAGUGAACAACAAUGUUGAAAAGGAAGUUAAAUAUAUUCCUGUUACUACUCCUUAUACAGGAAAAGUUAUUGCACAUUGUCCAAUUUCUACAGCUGAAGAUGUUAAUGCGGCAGUUGAUGCAGCAAAAAAAGCAUUUAAGACAUGGAGUUCGAGAACUGUUAAAGAUCGUAUUCAAACAUUGAUACGUUUUCAUAAUUUACUAAAUGAUCAUAUGGAUGAAUUAGCAGAUCUGAUUGCAAUUGCAAGCAUUGCCAAAGGCGCAGAAACUGUGGAAUAUGCCAUUUCAUUGCCGCAAUUGAUUCAAGGGAAAAUAUUGGAGGUUUCUAGAGGAGUCACUUGCAACGACACAAAAUUGCCAUUAGGAGUUGUUGCUUCAAUUGUACCAUUCAAUUUCCCAAUUAUGGUUCCAAUGUGGACUUUACCAAUUGCUAUUGCUACAGGUAACACAUUAAUAUUAAAGCCGUCGGAAAAGGUUCCACUUACAAUGAAUCGGGUAAUGGCUUUACUUAAAGAAGCUGGAAUACCCGACGGAGUCGUUAAUUUAAUUAAUGGAACUGUUGAAGCUGUGAAUGCUAUUUGUGAACAUCCCGACAUAAAAGCAGUUACAUUUGUUGGUACUUCGCAUGUUGCCAAUAUUGUAUCAGAAAAAUGUCAUAAAUCUGGAAAAAGAGUUCUUGCAUUGGGUGCUGCUAAAAAUCAUUUGGUUGCUGCACCUGAUUGUGACCUUGAAACAACAUCUACUGAUGUUGUUAAUUCAUUUUGUGGAUGUGCAGGUCAAAGAUGUAUGGCAGCAUCAGUAUUAUUAAUUAUAGGUUCAAAUCCACAAUUAUUAGACCGAAUUGUAUCCAAAGCCAAGGAUUUAAAGCCAGGAUCCAAUCCAAGUGAAAUUGGGCCUGUUAUUGAUCAAGCUUCACUCGAUAAAAUAACAAGUUACAUAAAUGAUGCAGAAUCAUCAUCAUCAGGAGCAGAAAUUUUAGUUGAUGGUCGUUCUUGGACAACUGGCAAAGCAGGAUUCUGGGUGGGACCAACCAUUAUCUUGCACAAAAAUAAACAAGACAAAGCUUUACAUGAUGAAAUCUUUGGGCCAGUUCUAAGUGUUUAUCAAUGUUCAAGUAAAGAAGAGGCUAUUGAAAUUGAAAAUGCAAAUCCUUAUGGAAAUGCUGCAUGUAUUUACACCUCUUCUGGUGCUACAGCUGAAUGGUUUAUUAAUAGAUUUAAUGUUGGAAUGUGUGGCGUAAAUAUUGGAGUUCCUCCAUUUUCUUUUGGUGGUAUAAAUCGAUCAAAAUUUGGUAAUUUCAUGGACAUUACUGGUGAUGGUUGUGUAGAGUUUUUCACUUGGAGACGAAAAGUCACAACAAGAUGGGGUCAAACAAUCCUUGAUUCAAAAUUAAAAAU